GCCUUGCACUUCUUCAGUAGUCCGAUAGCCGGUCGACCGACGUCUCGCGCGCGCGUUACCUCCUCCUGCAGACAUCGCCGUUCUUGUGAAGUGGUAUAGCCGUUGUUAUUAUAUCAUUAUUGUUGUUGUUGUUGUUGUUGUCGUCGUCGUCGUCGUCGUUGUUAUUGUCGCAGUGUGCGUGUACGUGUGUGUGUGCGUGCGUUCGCCAGUAUAGCCGUUGCCGCCGCUUCAGUAUAGUACGAUUGCAGACGGGUUCGGUCAGUCACCGUCGUUUGUUUUUUUUUUUUGGUUUUUUGAUUUCGGUUUGUUUACAAUAUUAUCCGUUCAUAACAUAAACUCACGAUAAUAAGUCUAUGCAUAUAUAUAUUCUGUAAAGUAUAUUAUUUUAUAUUAUUGACAAAAUAUAACAUUGAAUCGCACUCGCACGGGACGAAACCGCCGCGCGUGGACAUGGGACAAAUGUUCGAUUGACCGAAAAUAACGUUUCCGGCCCUUCCGCCCCGCGUCGGUGCACCACAACGCGUUAUUAACCUGAUAAACUGCGCCUCGUGCGAUUUCAUAUACGACACACAAACUGUACGUUUCGGUUUUCGGAUCGCCGCACGCCGACGACAUGGAAACGUGCGUGCUCAUACCGAAAGAGCUGUCCUUGCAGGCGGUGCCCGUGGCCAGCGUGCAACGAUCCAACAACAACAGACACCACGUGGAACCAGAGAUCACAGUCAUGACCAACGUCAACGUGCCCAGGGGCACGCUCAUCUACCCGUUCCAGGGCACGGUUCGCAUGGACAAGCUGGACGUUUUCUCGUUCCUGGACGACACAGACAUAAGGCACAGAUUCGGUUGCUACGACCAGGUGACCGAGGUGAACAGACUCCGAGUGCGUUAUUGUAAUUGGGUCCGGUUUUUGAAAAUCACGCAGCACCAUUCCGAACAACAUGUCAACGUAUUGGGAACCAAAAUAAAAGGCGAACCUAUGUACGAAGUGAUCAAAAACAUACCCGCUAACACAGAAUUGAUCGUGCAUUACCUACCGGAACGACCAGAAGAGAUAUUCUUCAUGCCUGCCGUCCACUAUUUAAGAAAUACAUUGUACAGACGCACGAUGGACACAAUUCUAGAAGAUUCACCGUUGGACUUAUCCAUGUCAUUACUUUCCCGGGCGUUUGGCACGUCUUCUGCAUCAUCAGCGUCUUCCCCACCCAGCGGACUGGACACGGACGAACGCAAGUCACUGUCCGGUGAAUCAUCAUCGGCUAACUCUUUAUCUGGCGACACAGCAUCGCUGGACCACAACGUAAACAUGAUCGUGUGUAACACAACUCCGGUAAAACCGAGACCAUUCCGUGGCGAGCGCACCCUUCUACCGUGCGAGGUCUGCCGCAAAGCUUUUGAUCGACCGUCGUUGCUCAAGAGGCACAUGCGUACUCACACCGGUGAAAAGCCGCACGUGUGCGCAGUGUGCAAUAAAGGUUUCUCCACAUCGAGCUCAUUGAAUACUCACCGGCGAAUCCACAGCGGUGAAAAACCACAUCAGUGCGGAGUCUGUGGAAAACGAUUCACAGCUAGUUCUAAUCUAUAUUAUCACCGAAUGACUCACAUAAAGGAGAAACCACACAAAUGCACACUAUGUGCCAAGUCGUUCCCGACGCCUGGUGAUCUAAAAUCUCACAUGUACGUCCACAAUGGAUCGUGGCCUUUCAAAUGUCACAUUUGUAACAGAGGUUUUAGCAAACACACCAAUCUGAAAAAUCACUUGUUCCUGCACACCGGUAAGGGACAAACCACACGCUUGCGAGCUGUGCCAAAAGAAAUUCGCCCUCGCCUGCAACCUGAGAGCUCACAUGAAGACCCACGAGAGUGAAACCCAAGAGGAGUGCAACAAAUGCGGUAAGGUGUACAUGGCACCGGAAACGGACAAGGGUCGCGGCGGCGCGUGUCCCGAGUGUGCUCCGUUAUCGCAUCAGUCCCCGGCCGACGCCGCCGCAUCGGCCGCCGCGGGGAGUUCGCCGCCGGACGAGGAGCGGUCUUACGGCGGCGAUUCUGAAGACUGUUCGUCGAUGGGAUCCGCGGACGACUGUAGCAGCAGGGGUGGCGUGUGAACGGCUGCGGUGACGGCGUGACGUGGGUGGUUGCUCGUCUCCGGAGCUACCGUCUCUACGAACGUCUAUCGCGCACCCUUAAAACACGUUAAUAUAUUAUUAAUUAAAAUUUAAAAAAUACCGAUACGGAAAACCUAUAGGUACACGAAAAUACGACUCGUGUAUAUCACAUCACACGCGCCGUAGUAUACCUGUUACCGCAUGUAACACGCCUCGUUGACGAUGAAGGCGGCGGCGACGGCGACGAUAUUAUCAUAUUAUGGGUAUGAAUGGUAUAAUAGUAUCAAUAAUAUCGUCAUAAAUUACGUGUGCGCUCGAUGACGGAGAAACAAACAAAACGUACAAUACGCAACAGAGCACUUAGGCUUUUAUCGAUUUUCGUGAUUUUACGACCCGGUUGAACAUAAUAAUAUUAUUAUUAUUAUUAU